AUGGCGGAGAAUUCUGAGGGCCGCGUUGAUACAUUGGACUCCGUCCUGGCCAUCCUUUACUUGCCUCAACCGAUAAUUCAGAAAAUCAUGUCGUGUUUACCUCCAAGGGUCGCAACACAAACCAGCAUCCUGUCCAAGGACUGGAACCACGCCUUUAACACUCUCCCGGCUCUAGAGUUCGACGAGGAAACCUUUGGGAGCAAGGAUGUCGGCGGGUACGAUGCCGACAUCAUGACGCAACAGGUUGAAUCCCGUGGUGCCCAAGUGGAUCGACAUUGCCUCAAGGCUCAAUCUCCGCUCAGCCGCAUAGUCAACUAUCCCGACAGAAGAUGCAACGAUCACAAGUGCCCCGAUUUGGUCUCCGACACCGUCUCCGUCCUCCACGUGAGCCAUCUCCGCAUGCAGGGGGUCAAGACGAGGCUGCCUCGCUUAGAAGAACUGGUCCUACACAAAGUCGGCGAGAGCCAGGACGUCUUGAGCGAGCUAAUGCUAAGUUGCCCUGCACUCCAGCGAGUGGAGCUGAUUGGGUGCUCCAGCUUCACGGACCUCCUCAUUUGCGGACCAAAACUCGAGAAUUUUGAGGCGUCCGGCGUGCUUCAGAUCAAUAGCUUCACGAUUUCAGCCCCGAACCUCAAGUCCUUCAGCUUCACAUCCGCAUACACUAUAGGCUCACCGGAGGGGGCGUUGUCGACUCUCCAAGUACAUGGCGCUCAAAACCUGAGGGAGCUUACAUUGGAUUUGUGUAUGGUCGGAAUCAGGACGGUCAAAGAAGCUGUUUCUCGGCUUCGUCUGCUGGAGACUUUGAGGCUCAAGGGGAGUCAGUCCGCCGUUCGCAUCAGGAUAACUCACAAGAAUCUCAAGGACCUCGUCUUGACUAAAUUCGACUCCCUGAGAAGAGUGAAGCUCCAAACUCCUAAUCUAGUUUCGUUCCAGUACGACGGCCUCAACAUCCUGGUCAUCGGUCCACGAGAUUCGACUAGAUUGGCAAAUGCGAGACUAGAGGUGGAUUUCAGACUCCGCACGAAGAGGAGCUAUCUCAAGGCGGCCAAGUUCCUAAGGCAUUGGUUCUUCCGGAAGAAAUCAGAAGUAAAGUGCUUCCUCCACUGCGCAGUGUCAAGCAUCUGA